GAAAAAGCAUUGGGGAGGCACUGGGUUCAAAUACCAAGACAGGAGGAAGCUGUCCUCGAAGGACACACACCACCAUGUAAUUUUAUUCCAUGUUGACUUGAAACUUCUCAGCAGUUCAGGAACUCCCUUUCCAUCGAUCUUUUAACUUUUCUUCCAUUUAUCCGUUGUAUGAAGCCGGGCAGCAUGAGGCAGCGUACAGUGGUGAUGUAUGUGGAGAUUGGCUGUUUUUUGUCCUGUUUAUGUGGCUGGAUUUUGAUCUGUUCCACCCUGGCCACCGAGUACUGGUGCUUCUCGGAGGUCAGCUCUGUGGUUCUGACCACUGGUAACUACUAUUCCAACCUCUGGAUGGACUGUGUCUCAGACACCACAGGAGUAUCUGACUGUAAAUACUACCCUUCCAUGAUGGACCUGUCUGUUUUCCUCCAUGUGUGCAGGGCUCUGGCUGUGGUCUCUGUGAUCUUUGGUUUCUGGGGGGCUGUGCUUGCCCUCAUUGGGAUGAAAUGUACCAAAAUCGGAGGCUCUGAGCUUGCCAAUGCCAGAGUUACAUUCGCAGCAGCACUAACGUUCAUGGCAUCUGGAUUCUGUGGUAUGAUAGUCUACUCCUGGUGGGGAGAUAAAGUGCGUUCAGACUUUGUGGAUCCAUAUUACUUACAAACAAAGUUUGAGCUCGGUGCCGCUCUCUUCAUUGGUUGGGGAGGUUCGUGUCUGGUUAUAUGUGGAAGUGCAGUCAUGUGCUAUUUCUCUGGGAAAGAGUCAUUCCCCAAAAGGUCUGGCCCAUCACACAGUAUAAAUAUACGGUAUGUGAAAACAAGCAAAAUAAUGAAAAAAAUACUUUUAAAGCGCAAUGAAUAUGUGGUUAAAUUGAUACCUUUUUUUCCCCCACUCAGGUUGAAUAAACAACCCAGAAAACCCCCGACCUACAUGACAGCACGUACCAGACAGACGUACAUGCUGCCGGGCUCAAGACCCACAACAGUCAUCAUCCCUCCUUCACACCAAUCAUACAGUGAGAGUAGAGGAAGUAGAGAGAGUAGAGGGAGGACAGGAACACAGACAAGUCAGUUUUCAAGAACUGUCAGACCCAUAAGGCCCCCCAUAGACUCAAAUGUGUAAC